CGGUUCUAUUUUAAAUGUUGGACUUUACUUUCCCUUUUGAGUAACUCUAGUUUCCUCCCGCUCCCAUCCCUCUCUCUGUCGGGCUCUGAGCCGCUGCUUCCCAGCCCCGGGAUCCCAUCUGAAAAGGAACGGCCCCUCCUGCUUUCCCAGACCGAACGGAGCGACGCAGCGCUGGGGGGGGAUCCUAGCAGGUCCAACUUAAUUAAAAGUGACAAAGUUUCAGAAGGACUGCUGAUACCACUGUGUGUGUUUUUCAAAGGAUCCAGAAAUCAAAGUCAACCAGGUCAAAUUUGGAACAUGGGGGGGUCUGCCAGUCACCUCUCAAAAGAGCAACUUUCUGAAUAUCAGGAACUGACUUUUUUAACAAAGCAAGACAUUCUGCAAGCUUAUCGAAUAUUUGCGGAGCUGCUUUCAAAAGAUCUGGUUGACUUCCAAAACACAAGAGUUUCAAAGGACAGAAUCUGUGAGAUGCCAGAACUGAAGGCUAACCCCUUCAGAGAGAGAAUCUGUAUGGUGUUCUCAACUGCAAUUGAAAAGGACGGUAGUAUGUCUUUUGAGGAUUUCUUAGACAUGCUGAGUGCUUUUAGUGAUUCGGCAACUCCUGAGAUCAAGUCACACUAUGCUUUCAGAAUUUUUGAUUUUGAUGAUGAUGGCACCUUAGAUAAGGAGGAUUUGAAGAAAUUGGUGAAUUGUCUAACAGGAGGUACAUCUGAUACACAACUGACAGAGGCAGAAAUGAACCAGCUCAUUCAAAAUAUUUUGGAAGAAUCCGACAUUGAUAAAGAUGGAACCGUGAACCUCUCGGAAUUUCAGCAUGUCAUCUCCAGGUCGCCUGAUUUUGUGAGCUCCUUCAAGAUUGUACUUUAAAAUAAUCGUGGAUCAACGUUCUCCUGAUUCCAGCAACUGACGGCCUUCAAUGCUUUUUCACCUCAAGAUGGGGUACAGAAUGAGAGAGAGAGAGUAGAUCUUUGACAAAUAAUUUAUCUAUCACAGCAUCACUUUCUACAGCUGCAGUUACAGUAUUCAAAGUAAUCAUGUUUCAAAAUGGUUUACACCAGAAAAUGUUUUAUAUUUUGUGACAAUUUUGUUUCCAAUGACAAACUCAAUAUUUUUAAUGUGCAAUAAAGGUAUUUCUCCAUCCUGAGCA